GAACAACACGCGGCACGUCAAACAACAAAAACGUCAAAUGACGACAACAAAAUAAAGAAUUGAUCAUAAACAGAAACAAAGAGCGGCUCAACAAGGAACAAAAUUAUUUUUUACGUCGUUCUUAUUGUUUUGAGAGAAGAAUGUCAAAAAGAACAGAAAGUCAAAAUCUGCAGCAAAGUAAUGAAGCCCCAUUGGAACCAAAUAAGGCCCUCAGAAGCAAUAGCACUCAUCUUAUUGCGCUAACACUGAACAGUGGCUUGCCAAUAUUUACAAGGAAAAGAGGAGAUGGAGAGCAGCUCUCAUUUUCAACAAUUGGCUCCCUCUAUGGAAUUUACACUUUUGGCAAGUCCACAAAUACUAUCCUUGAAAAUACCAAAACUGUGGAUGGGAAGGCUGUACUUUGGAAAGAGUUUGCUGAUAGUGUCCUUUUAAUAAUUUGUGCCGCAAAUAAGAAUGAGGAAGAAAUGAUUAAGGUCUUGGACGUCGUCUACAAUGCCAUGAUUUUAAGAGUUGGUCUCACAGAGAUUAAAGAUCCAAAAAAUUUGGAACGCCUCAAGCGAGAGUUGAAAAACAUUUACCCACUAAUCGACCGCAUCUUGGAUUCCCUCAAUGAUGUUGAUAAAGUGAACCACCCGACAGAUAUUACCGGCAUGUUGGAAUGUGCUCUGUAUGAAGAAAAUCAAGUGUUACAGGCCUACUUGGAGACUCAUGUUGAAAACAUGGCUUCAAUGUACGGUUGUGUGUUGCUCCACGGAAGGAUUGCUGUAGCGACCCUCAGUUGGUGGACAUUAACACCAAUUGAGAGACUGCUUUUGGCUUUUGUUACUCAAUAUGAGACACCUAGUGUUGCUCGAGAUAUACCAGUCUUCCUACCAGACAAAAGCCCUGAGGUUCCCUAUCGCUUAGUAAUGAGCCAAUUAAUGCCUGGAGUCGAAAUCUGCACAUUAUGCGGUCCCUCGCCAGCAAUUACGGAAGUUGAAGCGAUUGUAAAUUUUACUUGGAAAAAUUGCUCAGAAGUUUUAAAAGGCGUGGUCGACUUCAAAAGUCUGCCGGACAACCUGGUGCUGGAUAGCAAUGUCAUGGGUUUGCUGUUGGUGAACAAGGAGUAUGAAAAGUACCUCUUGUGUAAUGAGCCCAACACAGAGGCUGGGUCUAAAAGUAACGGACCGCCUAGUGUGCACCGGACAAACAUUCUCAAGACGUUUUAUAAAACCAUGUCACCAAUGCUAUCAACUGGUGUCCAAAAAUACAUCGAUGCAGAUGCUCAAGCAGGUAAAUCUGAAAAUGAAAGUGUGAUACGAGAACCAGUGGAAGCAUUUUGGAGCUCCGAAUUUUACAAAUGCCAUGCUGUUACGUUAGGAUCGAACCAACUCUACGCUCUCUUUCCAUCAAUGAUCCCAAGACAUUUAACAGGUGUCAUCACCAGACAAACAAUACAGACUUUGCUCUCAGAAAAGAUGUUCAUUUGGUGAUAUCGAUAUGGUUACUUAACAUGGACUGCAACUUAAUGUUUAGUUUUUCAAAUGUACAAGGUGCUGGAUGAACAGGAAUAAAAUUUAAAAUUUUCCAUUUUCGAGUUUA